CCCUCAACGUGUCCUUUUUCAGAUACCCAAAACAGACAGCCAAAAAUCAAACAUUCCCUACUUUCUCUCUCCUUUAAUUCUCGUUGAACAAACUCCCAAUUUGAAACCGUCACCCUCUCACCUUCCCACCAUCUUAAUUGUGACUCUUUCCCCGCAUUUCUCGAUUCUAGAUUUCUAGGGUUUCCACAUUUCUACCUAUAAUUGGUAUAUCUCCUCAAAAUUGGCUAUGGCGAACAAUUCUGAUCAUUCUAGCCGGAGUUUGUCGAUGAGUUCCGGCGACAAUUCCGUUGACUUAGUCGACGAUAAUCACUCGGAGAAGAGAUUUUCCGACGUUGCGAUCGAAGGAGAUGGUGAAGGUGUUGUUGAUCAUGGUGAUAGUAAUGGCGAGAGAGUUGCUGGUUCUGAAGGUGUUAGUAGGGAGUGCUCUUCUGCUUCUGGAUCCUCUAGUGGAAAUUGCUCUAAUGGAAACAAUAAAUUCCUGGAAUCAUCAACUUCUAAUCAUCUUGCGAAAGUUGGAGAAUCAAAACGUCAUAACCCACUCAGUAAAUUAGCAGCAAAGCUUUUUGAUGAAACAGUGCCCCUGAAGAAAAAGCUCAAAUGGCUGAACCGGAUUGCAACUGUUAAAGGAGAUGGAACUGUACAAUUUGACGUUCCUGGAGAUAUGAAAACCUCAAGCCUUGAUUUGGGAACUGGAGUGGCAUCUGGUGGCAGUACAGAAGUAGAACAACUUGAUUCACCUGACGUUGAUGAUUUGCCCCCAAUGCAAAUUGUGAUUCUAAUUGUUGGAACUAGAGGAGAUGUGCAACCCUUUGUUGCCAUCGGGAAGCGUUUGCAGGAAUAUGGCCAUAGGGUCAGAUUAGCAACUCACCGAAACUUCAAAGAGUUUGUUUUGGCUUCUGGCUUGGAGUUCUUUCCUUUAGGAGGGGAUCCCAAAGUUCUUGCUGAAUACAUGGUGAAAAACAAGGGCUUUUUGCCUUCAGAACCUUCAGAGAUACCUGUUCAGAGGAAACAGAUGAGAGAUAUUAUAUUCUCUUUGCUACCUGCUUGCAAGGAUCCUGAUCCUGAAAGUCAGGUUCCAUUUACUGCUGAUGCAAUAAUUGCUAACCCUCCAGCAUAUGGACAUACACAUGUUGCGGAGGCUCUUCAAGUACCGAUUCACAUAUUCUUUACAAUGCCUUGGACGCCCACUAGUGAAUUUCCGCAUCCUCUGUCACGGGUUAAGCAACCAGUUGCAUACAGACUCUCCUACCAAGUUGUUGACGUACUGAUUUGGCUUGGAAUACGGGACCUGAUUAAUGAAUUCAGGAAGAAAACGUUGAAGUUGAGACCUGUAACCUAUUUAAAACCUUCAUAUAGUGCUCCCCCUGAUACCCCUUAUGGAUAUAUUUGGAGCCCUCACCUUGUUGCCAAGCCUAAAGACUGGGGACCCAAAAUUGACGUAGUUGGUUUCUGUUUCCUUGAUCUGGCUUCAACUUAUGAACCCCCCAAAGAUCUCGUGGAAUGGCUUGGAAAGGGUCAAAAGCCAAUAUAUAUUGGAUUUGGCAGCCUGCCUGUCCAAGAACCUGAGAAGAUGACCAAGAUAAUUGUACAAGCUCUGGAACUCACUGGGCAAAGAGGAAUCAUCAAUAAAGGAUGGGGUGGUCUUGGCAAUUUGGCUGAACCGAAGGAUUUUGUGUACCUGUUGGACAAUGUCCCCCACGAUUGGCUAUUUUUACAGUGUGCUGCUGUGGUGCAUCAUGGGGGUGCUGGGACAACUGCUGCUGGUCUUAAAGCUGCGUGUCCGACGGCGAUUGUGCCGUUCUUCGGUGACCAACCCUUUUGGGGAGAACAAGUACAUGCAAAGGGUGUAGGGCCGCCGCCUAUCCCAAUCGAGGAGUUUACACUUGAGAAACUGACUUCUGCAAUACGCUUCAUGCUGGAUCCCAAGGUAAAAGAAAGUGCCGUGGAGCUGGCAAAGGCAAUGGAAAAUGAAGAUGGAGUUGCAGGUGCUGUGAAUGCUUUUCACAAGCAAUUUCCCCGGAAAAAACCCGAACGAGACCAUUCAGAACUUCACAAGCCGCAAAAAUCACAUUUAUCGAUAAGAGGGUGUUUUUUGGGAACACAUUAAUUAAACCCUUAAUUACUUGACUAACCAGCAACCUCUCACCACCAAAUCACCAUAAUCCUUUCAAGUUCAAGCAGUUUUGUUCAUUCAUUGCUUGUGUAGAUACCAGAUUAUUGUGUGUUGAUAUGUAAAUAAUAAUAUGCCCAUGCUGCUUGUGCAGCUAUAUUAUCAUUGUGUUUUGACAUGUAACUAUGCUUUCGGAACAUCCAAAUACUGUCAUACUUUUUAUUACAAAAUAUUUGUACAAGUUUUGUGAAGAAAAUACUUCUGUUU